CCAGUUCGGAAUGGCUGAGAGAACUGGCAACUUUGGAGUGUGGUGUCAUCCCAAGAAUGUUACAGUCCCCUAGCAACAACUAUCACAAUUCUAUAACAACACUCACUAAAUCCCAGUGCUUUAUAACAAAGCUGACUAUAAAACUCCAAACUUUAGAAAUGAUGUGAAGGAAAGGUUUAUGGACAGAAGUCUUCAAAAGUGCUGCUGAAAAUCAGAACAGAAGUGGAACAGUGUCAUUACACCUAACAGAAAGCACAUUCGCCAUGGCUUUGGAGAAACUGUGCUUUGAGGAUGUUGUUUGCUUCUGGUGAAAAAGGAACUCCAGGCAACCACCCUUUCUGUCUGUCUGUGAUAGUAUUGUGUGAUGACCACAGAGGUAGGGUCACACCAUUGUUGCUGAUGACUGCUUCUUGCCUCUGUGGACAUGAGUGACCCAAGGCCAUCACAGGUAGAGAAGCACAAGCUCGGCAGAGCUACCUCCAAAUUCAAGGACCCUUCCAGAACCAUGCAGUCUGAUGAUUAUUUUGCUCGGAAAUUUAAAGCCAUCAAUGGCAGCAUGGGACCCGCUCCUUUGAACACCUCCAGUCCAAGUGAGGGCGGUGGUGGUGGGCCAGCCAACAGUACCCCAGCAGUGCCCAAGAUGGGAGUGAGGGCCAGAGUGUCUGAGUGGCCUCCGAAAAAGGACUGCUCCAAAGACCUGGCCUGCAAGACACUGUGGGAGAGCCGUUCUCAGUCCAGCUAUGAGAGUGUCACCUCCAUCAUCCAGAAUGGCCAAAAUGACCAGGGUGACAGGCAGCAAGAAGAGCAGCUGGACCUGGACUUUGUGGAGGCAAAGUACACCAUUGGAGACAUCUUCGUCCAUUCUCCCCAGAGGGGACUCCACCCCAUACGACAAAGGAGCAACAGCGACGUUACCAUUAGUGACAUCGAUACUGAGGAUGUCCUGGACCAACAUGCAGUCAACCCCAACACCGGAGCUGCCCUGCACAGGGAAUAUGGGAGCACUUCAUCUAUUGACAGGCAGGGUCUGUCUGGAGAGAACGUUUUUGCCAUGCUCCGAGGGUACCGAGUGGAGAAUUACGAUCCUAAGGUGACCAGCUCCUUUGGGUUUCCGGAUUUCUUCCCCUGUAACACCGCCAUCUCCCCCAGCCUCCAUGCUGCAGCCCAGAUUUCUAGAGGAGAGUUCGUCCGCAUCUCGGGACUGGACUACAUGGAUGGCGGGCUCUUAAUGGGGAGGGACAGAGACAAGCCCUUCAAGCGCAGGUUAAAAUCAGAAGUGGAAACAUCACUCUUCCGAAAACUUCGGACAGUAAAGAGUGAGCAUGAGACCUUCAAGUUCACUUCUGACCUAGAGGAGGGCCGCCUGGACCGGGGCAUCCGCCCUUGGAGUUGCCAGAGGUGCUUUGCCCAUUAUGAUGUGCAGAGUAUCCUCUUCAACAUCAACGAAGCCAUGGCCACGAGGGCUAGCGUGGGGAAGAGAAAGAACAUCACCACAGGGGCCUCGGCUGCAUCACAGACCCCAGUUCCCGUAGGCCCAGCUGGAGGCUGCGAGUCCCCACUGGGCAGCAAGGAAGACCUCAACUCCAAAGAGAACCCGGACGCUGACGAGGGCGAUGGAAAGAGCAAUGACUUGGUCCUCAGCUGCCCUUACUUCCGAAACGAGACUGGUGGGGAGGGCGACCGGCGCAUCGCGCUGUCUCGGGCCAACUCAGCCUCUUUCAGCUCUGGGGAGAGCUGUUCCUUUGAGUCAUCCCUCAGCUCACACUGUACCAAUGCGGGCGUCUCUGUCUUGGAGGUGCCUCGAGAGAACCAACCCAUCCACAGGGAGAAGGUCAAACGCUACAUCAUAGAACACGUUGACCUGGGGGCCUACUACUACCGCAAGUUCUUCUAUGGCAAAGAGCACCAGAACUACUUUGGAAUAGAUGAAAACCUUGGCCCUGUGGCAGUCAGCAUCCGGAGGGAGAAGGUGGAAGAUCCCAAGGAGAAAGAAGGGUCCCAGUUCAACUACAGGGUGGCCUUCAGGACAAGUGAGCUCACAACUCUGAGGGGAGCGAUCCUAGAAGAUGCUGUUCCCUCCACAGCCCGCCAUGGCACCGCCCGGGGCCUGCCCCUCAAGGAAGUCCUGGAGUUUGUUAUCCCGGAGCUGAGCAUCCAGUGCCUGCGCCAGGCAGCCAAUUCCCCCAAGGUCCCGGAGCAGCUGCUCAAGCUGGAUGAACAAGGGCUGAGCUUUCAGCACAAAAUUGGGAUCCUGUACUGCAAAGCUGGGCAGAGCACGGAAGAGGAAAUGUACAACAACGAGACAGCAGGGCCAGCCUUCGAGGAGUUCCUGGACCUCCUCGGCCAGAGAGUGCGGCUGAAAGGCUUCAGCAAGUAUCGUGCACAGCUGGACAAUAAGACGGAUUCCACAGGGACUCACUCCCUCUAUACCACAUACAAAGACUUUGAACUCAUGUUCCACGUGUCAACGUUGCUUCCAUAUAUGCCAAACAACAGGCAGCAGCUUCUGAGGAAGAGGCACAUUGGGAACGACAUCGUCACCAUCGUCUUCCAGGAGCCCGGUGCCCUCCCGUUCACCCCCAAGAACAUCCGCUCGCACUUCCAGCAUGUCUUUGUCAUCGUGAGGGUGCACAACCCCUGCACGGAGAACGUGUGCUACAGCGUUGGCGUUUCCAGGUCAAAGGAUGUCCCUCCCUUCGGUCCCCCAAUCCCCAAAGGUGUAACUUUUCCAAAGUCAGCCGUGUUCCGGGACUUCCUUUUAGCCAAAGUAAUCAAUGCAGAAAACGCAGCCCAUAAGUCAGAAAAAUUCCGGGCCAUGGCUACUCGAACGAGGCAAGAAUACUUGAAGGACUUGGCUGAGAACUUUGUCACGACCGCCACAGUGGACACUUCUGCGAAAUUCAGCUUCAUCACCCUGGGUGCAAAGAAGAAGGAGCGCGUCAAACCGAGGAAGGAUGCACACCUGUUCAGCAUCGGGGCCAUCAUGUGGCACGUGGUGGCACGGGACUUCGGCCAAUCAGCGGACAUUGAGUGUCUGCUUGGGAUCUCUAACGAGUUCAUCAUGUUGAUAGAGAAGGACUCCAAGAAUGUUGUGUUUAACUGUUCCUGCAGGGAUGUGAUUGGCUGGACCUCUGGGUUAGUGAGCAUCAAAGUCUUCUAUGAAAGGGGAGAGUGCAUCCUGCUGUCCUCAGUGGAUAACUGUUCCGAAGACAUCCGAGAGAUAGUGCAGCGGCUCGUGAUAGUGACAAGAGGCUGCGAAACUGUGGAAAUGACCCUGAGGAGGAACGGACUGGGCCAGCUCGGCUUCCACGUGAACUUUGAAGGAAUUGUUGCCGAUGUAGAACCUUUUGGCUUUGCCUGGAAAGCGGGCCUUCGCCAAGGGAGCCGCCUCGUGGAGAUCUGCAAGGUGGCUGUGGCCACCCUGACCCAUGAGCAGAUGAUUGACCUGCUGCGGACGUCCGUGACUGUGAAGGUGGUCAUCAUCCACCCCCAUGAGGAUGGCUCUCCCCGCAGGGGUUGUUCAGAGCUCUGCCGGAUCCCCAUGGUGGAGUACAAGCUGGACAGUGAGGGCACACCCUGCGAGUACAAGACACCCUUCAGGAGGAACACCACGUGGCACCGUGUACCCACCCCUGCCCUACAGCCAGUUUCCAGAGCCUCACCUGUGCCAGGCACACCUGACCGUCUACAGUGCCAGCCAUUGCUCCAACAGGCCCAGGCCGCCAUCCCCCGGAGCACGUCGUUUGAUAGGAAGCUGCCUGAUGGCACCAGAAGUUCUCCCAGCAACCAGUCAUCAUCCAGCGACCCAGGACCGGCUGGGAGUGGACCCUGGAGACCACAAGUGGGCUAUGAUGGGUGCCCAUCCCCUCUCCUGCUCGAGCACCAGGGCCCAGGCCCUGGGGAGUGUGAUGGAGCCAGGGAGCAUGAGGACAUCAUAGAAGGAGGCAGGCUUCCAGAAACCAAAUGGCAUGGCCCACCUUCCAAAGUCCUGAGUGCCUAUAAGGAAAGAGCCCUGCAGAAGGAUGGAAGCUGCAAAGACUCCCCCAACAAGCUAUCUCAUAUCGGGGAUAAGAGCUGCUCCAGUCACUCCAGCAGCAACACUCUCUCCAGUAACACAUCCAGCAACAGCGAUGACAAGCAUUUUGGGUCAGGGGACCUGAUGGACCCUGAGCUGCUGGGACUGACCUACAUCAAAGGUGCCUCCACGGACAGUGGCAUCGACACCACGCCGUGCAUGCCAGCCACCAUCCUUGGCCCCGUGCAUCUGACGGGCAGCAGGUCCCUGAUCCACAGCCGAGCCGAACAGUGGGUGGACGCUACUGAUGUCUCAGGAGCUGAUGAUGAACCUUCCAAGAUGUAUACCCUGCAUGGCUAUGCCUCUGCCAUCUCCACCAGUGCUGCGGAGGGCAGCAUGGGUGACCUCAGUGAGAUCUCAUCUCACUCCAGUGGCUCUCACCAUUCAGGAAGCCCCUCUGCUCACUGCUCCAAAAGCACUGGGUCUCUGGACAGCUCCAAAGUCUACAUCGUUUCUCACAAUAGCGGUCAGCAGGUACCCGGGGCUGUGGCAAAGCCUUACCACAGACAAGGGGCAGCAAACAAGUAUGUCAUUGGCUGGAAAAAGUCGGAAGGCAGCCCACCACCUGAGGAUCCUGAAGUCACUGAAUGCCCUAGGAUAUAUGGCGAGAUGGACAUGAUGUCCACAGCCACUCAGCAUCCGGCAGUGGUGGGAGACGCUGUUUCGGAAACUCAGCAUGUCUUAUCCAAAGAUGACUUUCUGAAGUUGAUGCUUCCUGACAGCCCCUUAGUGGAGGAGGGAAGACGGAAGUUUUCGUUCUAUGGGAACCUGUCUCCAAGGAUAUUGUACCGAACACUGUCGGAUGAGAGUGUAUGCAGCAACCGGAGAGGAUCUUCCUUUGCCAGUUCUCGAAGCUCCAUCCUGGACCAGGCCCUGCCCAAUGACAUUCUGUUCAGCACCACUCCACCCUACCACGGCACGCUGCCUCCAAGGACCCACCCCGCUCCCAGCAUGGGGAGCCUACGGAAUGAGUUCUGGUUUUCCGACGGGUCCUUAUCGGAUAAAUCCAAGUGUGCAGAUCCUGGCCUGAUGCCGCUACCAGACACAGCCACAGGGUUAGAUUGGUCCCAUCUUGUGGAUGCUGCACGAGCGUUUGAAGACCAGAGGGUGGCAUCUUUCUGUACCCUGACUGACCUCCAGCAUGGACAAGACCUGGAAGGGGCCCCAGAGCUGUCCCUGUGCGUGGAUCCCACCAGCGGCAAGGAGUUCCUGGAUACACCUGGGGAGCGUUCGCCCUCCACACUGACUGGGAAAGUCAACCAGCUAGAAUUGAUUCUCCGACAACUGCAGACGGACCUUCGCAAGGAGAAGCAGGACAAGGCAGUGCUGCAGGCUGAGGUCCAGCACCUGAGGCAAGACAACAUGCGGCUGCAGGAAGAGUCGCAGACUGCCACAGCCCAGCUGCGCAAGUUCACCGAGUGGUUCUUCAGCACCAUUGACAAGAAGGCCUGACCGGCUAGCUGCUCGUCACCCGGGGACCAUGGGCUGGCCUUUCCGCCUGCCUGCCUACCCGCCUGCGGUCCCUCCCCAGUUGACAAUGCAGUUUUAUAUGCGCUUUCCACCACCUGUAGGUAGAUGUCUCACUGUUCGUCCUGUGUCUCGCUACUCACCCUAGCAGGACAGGUCAGGGCACCUGGACUCCUCCUGGGUAGCUGCAGCAGAAGAUGAAUGUAACUCCUGGUGAACGCAGAAGUAGCCUGCAGCCGAAACGCCCUGAUAACACUCUGGCCUCAGCUUCCCUGGGGGAGAGAACUGGAUGUCACUAACUGAAGUAGGUGACCUACAGAGAUGCUAAGCCAGGCUGCAGGAUUGUACAAAUAAAUACGGAGGCAGAUAAUCAGACAUGUACUUUAAUGUUAAAGGUGCUCUAUUUUUUUGGAUGUACAGUAGUUUUAUUUCCACAGCCACAUUUAUCAUAGCAAUAAGGAGGGUGCAGUAAGUAGUCAGCAGAGCUCCGUCAGAGAGAAGCUCUGAAGUUUAACACUAGCUCAAACGCUGUUACCGUAGAGACGUAUUUAUUUGCAGGAACAAACGGUGCCUGAAUAUUAACAGUGUUCUGAUUUUUUUAAAGAGAUACAUAUGCCUUGUAAAUGGCUGGACCUGUUGGUAGUCACUCAAUGUGUAGUUUGCUUUCCUGUAGUUUCUCUGCUGCAGACAGAAUCACUCUACCUUCCCCACGCGAGUCCCCUGAUGCUGAGUGCCCGUGGGAUCCUGUGUACAACACCAGAUUUGUUUAUCUUUGUACAGAAACUCGGAUAAAGUGUCUUGUAUUUAACACUCUUAUUUAAGCUUAUUUAACCCCAACUUGUUAAUUUUAUAUGAUUUGGUUUCACCUGCACUGUAAGGAGGC